UGGUUAACUUGACAGUCGCGUAGCUUAUAACAGUUUUCGCUUUGUUUAGUCUCAUCUGUCCUAGCUAGGUCAGUUGACGUUUAAUACUCGGAUUAUAUCUUUUCUGGUGGGGAGUUUCGGCAGUUUUGUAAUUACUGCAUUACACCAGACGUUCUUUUUGUGCUCCUUCUGGGUUUUUUUUUUAGUUUAAGCUAGUAUCGAUUCGCUGUUUCAUAAACAGGGCAGCGAUGGCUAACGGUGGACCGGCGAGUCAGGUUUGUUUUCGCUCAGACCGAUGCCUCUCAGCGGGAUAGACAGAUGAUUUCGCUGUGAUAUUCUGUCUUCCGAGGCUGCCAAGAGCUGACACAUAUCCGCCAAAAGUAAGAAGCUUGUUUCUACCGCCAAUCUUUGUACCUGUGUCAACUAUGGAGACCACUCAGGUGACUCUGGCUGUCAGAGGAGAAACGUCCCCAGGUGAGGUGAUUGCUGUUGUUGGCAGCUGUGAAGCCCUGGGAUGCUGGAGCCAUCAAAAAGCUGUGACAUUACAUCCUGAUGGCAAUGAUGGAAAUACAUGGACUACAACAAUCACUGUACCAAAAGGAGUUGUUUCCAAGUACCGCUAUUUCAAAGGCUACUUUCUGGAGUCAAAGAGUGCAGGUGGCCCCUGUCAAGUGAUAGUCAAUAUGUGGGAGACCCAUCAUCACCCCCGCACGAUGUGCCCCACAGCAUUGCACCAGAAUAUUGAUGAUGGACAUUUUGGAAUUAACAAUGGGGUGAAUUGUGUUGACUCUGGGUGGCUCACAUGCCAGACAGAGAUUCGCCUGCGUCUGCACUAUUCUAAGACGUCUCCGGUGUCCAUCACUAAGAAGAAAUUCAAGAAGUCUCGCUUCAGGAUCAAGCUGACAUUAGAGGGCAUUGAAGAGGAGGAAGAUGAUGAUGAAGAUGUGCCCAGUCCUUCAUCUUGGAACAAGAUCACCACCACCCUGGAAAUCAGUAUGAUCAGUGCCAAUGGCUAUAAGUCGCGUCACUCACAGCCAGAGUGUGGGUACGCCCUGGAGCCCUCCCAGUGGACUGAGUACAGUAUCCACACCAUGGACCCAGACAACCUAGAGCUCACCUUUGAGUUCUUUGAGGAGGAUCUGAGUGAGCAUGUUGUUCAGGGGGAUGCUCAUCCAGGACAUGUAGGCACAGCUUGUCUCCUCUCCUCCUCUUUUGUGGAGAGCGGCAAAGACAAUGGAGUAGUCACGCUUCCCAUAAUGGGUCGAAAUUCCAGACAGACCAUUGGGAAAGUUAGAGUGGAUUACUUGGUGAUUCGGCCAAUUCAGGGGCUGCAGUGUGACAUGAGCUCCUCAUUCACCAAGUAUUGGAAGAAAAGAAGUGCUCUGAAUGUGGGUCACAGAGGAGCUGGCAGCACACAUGCAGCCAAGCACCACAGAGUCAGGGAGAACACAAUAGCCUCAUUCAAAAGUGCUGCCAAACAUGGUGCAGCCUAUGUAGAGUUUGAUGUUCACCUUUCCAAGGAUGCUGUUCCUAUUGUAUACCAUGAUCUGACAUGCUGCAUAUCUACCAAGAAGAAAAAUGACAAGACUUCGCUGGAGCUCAUUGAGGUGCCAGUCAAAGACUUGACAUUUGAUCAGCUGCAGCUUCUGAAGCUGGCCCAUGUUACCGCAAUGAAAGAAAACGAUAACAAAGAUCUUCUGGACGAUGAAGAUGAAAUUGAUGAGCAUCAGCCAUUCCCCUCACUCUCACAGAUCUUUCAUGCUAUUCCUGAGCAUGUGGGUUUCAACAUUGAGCUCAAAUGGAUCUGCCAGAUGAAGGAUGGGUCAUGGGAUGGCAACCUGUCGUCCUACUUCAACAUGAAUACCUUCCUCGACACUGUCCUGUCUUGUGUUCUGCAGAAAGGUGGCAAAAGACGCAUCGUCUUUUCUUGCUUUGACCCGGAUAUUUGCACCAUGGUGCGGCAUAAGCAGAACAAGUACCCCAUCCUCUUCCUUACUCAGGGAAUCUCAGACAGGUAUCCUGAACUGAUGGACAUCCGCUGCCAGACCACCCAGAUAGCCAUAAGUUUCGCCCAGAGCGAGAAUAUUCUGGGAAUCAGUGCCCAUACUGAGGAGCUGCUGAAGAAUCUUACCUUCAUUGCGGAUGCCCAGUCUAAAGGCCUGGUGGUGUUCAGCUGGGGAGAUGACAACAAUGACCAUGAGAACAGACGGACGCUGAGAGAGCAGGGUAUUGAUGGGCUGAUCUAUGAUAGAAUUUGUGAAUGCUUGGUGCCAUAUUUUGACUCAAGUCCUCCAGAUUCCCGUAAUGUCUCUCUGGUUCCUGUCUGUGUUUUGUUAAUUUAUUCACUCUACAAUCCUUGGCUGGUUUUUUGGUUCCACCCCUCAAAUAUUGCCUGAAAGUCCAUAUCUUACUCAUUAAAAUGCAGCAGGAACUACAUAAUGUUCCUUGACAAUGAUGCAAGACGGUUGACUUCUCAUACAGUGCUGUGCAAAAGUUUUAGGCAGGAAAAGACAAGUGAAGAUGGUCUCAAAAAUAAUCCAGAAAUUUUUGUCAGUUAACGUCAUGCAAAUUGCAGUAAACAGUUAAACCUAAAUUAGAUCAUAUUUGGUGUGACCAUCCUUUGCUUUUCAAACUGCAUCAAUUCUCCUGGGAGACUUGAUUUGAUUUGAGUUCUCAGUGUCUUCUCUCUCUUUAUGUAAUCCUAGACUUACUCCAUGGCAUUGAGAUCAGGGCUCUGUGGGGGCCCCACCAUCUAUUGGAGGGCCCCUAUCCUUUUCUCUUAAUGACUCUAGUUUUAUGUUUUGGAUGGUUGUCAGGCAGUUGAAUGAAUUCUAGACAGAUCAGAUGUCUCUCUGAAGGUAUCGUGAGAAGGAUAAGAAUAUAAACAUCUGAAGUACCUUAAACCUUUGCAGAGUACUAUAUGUCCGACGCUUUAAAAGUGCAGCACUUGAUUUUUCAGUUAUAAUGGUUUUUAGCUUUUUGGAUUUUCCUGAAAAAUGGACUGUACUAAACACGGUUGUUUGAUUGGUCAACUGCCAUGUUUAUCAUUUCUGUUUCCCUAGCUGAUAGCUAAGUCACUUCCUGUUUUUUUUUUAAAUGCCUGACUUUUGUUUUUGAGUACUCUUUGAAAGGCCUCCUUAUCUUGUGCUUGGUACGUUACCUGAUAAUACUUAUUUUUUGAAGCAAAAGUGGCACCAAGCGUGAAUGGCUUGUUUAGUGCAUGAGACAGUGUUACUCGACAUACUGGCUUCUGUAUGAACCAAACAAUAUGUGCAUUUGUCUCGAAUAACCUUGAUCCAAGAGAACUGCAUUUAAGCCUUGUGUGUGUAGUCAUUCACCAGAUGUCACAGCAUAUUUUUCACAAAUAUAUUUUCUAUUAUUUGCUAUUUGCUUUCCUAUUAAGUUUGUAUAUGACCUGCCUGUACUGCAGUUGUUUCCUUUGAAAAGGGGUGAUUGCACGGGGGGAUUCUCUGUAGGCUUGAAAAUGAGUUGCACUUUUCUGUCUUCAUUUGAUGAAGCCUUUAGCAGCUUGUCUCAUGACAUUAGUUGAACACAAUCAGAAUAUCUUGCUUGACAAAAAUCAUUACAUUUGCCAUCUUAAAUUACAUUGCUCACAAGGCUGACCAUGACCUUCCUUCUGUGAGCAUGUUCACUUUAAGAUAUGGAGUUGAUAAUUGAUACUAGGGGACUUUUUCCCCUGAGUUCACCCUCCAAGACAUGUGGUACUUUGAAUCUGUGUGCAAGUUCAACUUCUGUUGUUAACAUUGGCUGGCCUUAAUCCCAUCCAUGGCUUGAAUCCAAAUCAUAACCACCUGUAUCAUACUAUAAAGCAUUUAAUUGAUCAUUGACUCAUUGUGGAGAAUGCAGAGCUCACUAGGGGACCAGGUUUUCCAUAAAACCUAUCCAAUGUCAUGUAGCACAUGAAUGACAUUUGCUCUACACAUAAGCCAGAAUACCUGUGGUAAAUGUACUGUACCUGUGUGAACAUUUGUUAAGCUUAAUAGAAUAGUGUCUGUCACUGUCCAUAUGGCAAUGGAAUGAUGUUUUGAGUUUCCAGGCUUGACAGGUAAGGGUGUUGGCCAUGCAUGGGAUUUGACUGUAUGAGUUUCAUCAAAUGAAACUGAUAAGCCAGGUUAAGCCCAAAGUAAUCUGCUUAUAAUCAUAUUUUGUGAGUCACACCCUUGGACGUUCCCUUACAAAACAUAGCACAUGCCAGGCGGGUAAAAGGCAAGGUCCCUGCCUGCUCAGAUGACAAAAAUCCUCUUAAUUCAUUGAAAACAAUUAGAAAAGGCUUCUUCUCACUGCCAAAAUGGCAACUGGUGCAAUCAUCCCCCUAGCCAAAAUCAGUGCAGUGGAUAUUGUUGUUUUCAUUAACCUGGGUGCAUGAAUGAGUUUGUAGCUGCUGUAUGGUAACACUACACCUUUGCUAGUUAGUUGGGAGCAGAACUGGUAUAGUCUUUAUAUUUUUCAUUUUGCCCAGUUCUGCUAUUCUUGUUUCACUUAUAUCAAACACAGUUCCAAAAAAUGAAUAAUGACUCAAUAGACCUUAGUUAUUUGAUAUAAUUAUGGUAUAUAAUUUUUAUAAAGUUAAUGCUGACAAUAGAUUUUGUUCCACUGGAGUACUCAGUAGUGCUAGGCGAUCAAGUUACUCGAUUGCUUCCCAGCAAAUUGUAAUUUAAUGUAACAGAUUAAAUGUGAGAUGUCAAAAGUUUUGCCUGAUGUAAUGCAUAACAAUGGAACACAGUUAAAAUGAUUAUCUUGUAAAUUAUUUUACAAGUGUCAUAUCACGAUGUGCAGUUCAUACAGUUAAUAGUGGAAAAAUAUUUUUACCAUUGUUGUGAUGUACUGUUUACAUUUCAACCCUAUCACCAAGCCCUACUACUCACCUGCGUGAAUUCAUAGUUUUUAAACUCUUGCUCUGCUAUCACUUUGGUUUUUGAACGACUGACGCAUUAGACACCAGUAUACACCAACUACCACUCAUCUAAUUU